GAGAAGAAGAAACGGCGUUUCACAAUGAGGAAGUAAAAACAAACAUUUUCUGGCGCUGAGUCAACGGAAAAGCCGGUAGGGUGGUAUGUUUAUGUGACUAGUUGUACAAACUUAGACAGCUAAUUUAAAGAAAAUGUUUUACUACAUAACGAACCUGUUUUGACAAGUGUAAUAGCUGUCUUAUAGCCAUGUAGCUAGCUAGCUACAAAUCGAGUUACUGUUGUGGACGAAGAGGUUCUGGUUUCAGUAACUUGCCUUAAAACCCUCUGGCUAUACUCAUUGACAACUUGGUUAGCUAGCUAGUUAGUCAAAGAAAAGUAGGUUUCCACAACCGAUAAUUCGAGAGUGGAGCCACAUCAUGGCAUACUGCGACAAGACCGGUGAUCAUCCCUUAGCUUGUCUAAACAAUGAGGACAGUCGUAAUGGACAUGACCCGGCGACAGAUAAGCAGCCGACUCCACACUCCAAAGGAAAUGAGAAUGAUUACUGUGCCACUGAAGAAGCCCUGACAGUGUCUGUCCCUAAAGGGUUGUAUCUAAAGAAGAAAAAGCUUGUCCUUCACGUUGACCUCAAUAACACCAUCUUGGUGUCUGAUGCCGUGACAAGUCAAGGAACUAUUGCAGCUUUGGAUUACUUUAUUUCCACUGUGACAUGGGGACAAAUGAGUAAACAAGGUAAAUGGAUGUGGAUGAGUGACUCACCUUCCCUACUCCCACCAUGUGAGGGCGCUGUCAGCUACUACUCGCAGUUUGGCCGGGUGGCAGGCUUCACCAGCUCCACUGCAGGUCGUCGGUUCCGGGGCGUGCUGGACGAGCACUUGGCGAUGCUGCGAUGGCCAGAGGAGCUGAAGGGGGACAAGGAGCUGGCUGUGAAGGGGGAGGACGGACAGCUGUACCACUGGAUCUUGCCCUCUUUCUUCCAGCUAUUGAAAGACCUGGUGGCAGAGGGGAGGGACUUUGCUAUCCUGUUCCGCACCUUUGGCUCAGACCUUCCCCGCGUGCUGUCUGCAGUGUCCCGUGCCCUCACUCAGGGCUCCCACCCACUCUUCCCUGACCUUCCAGCACUUAAGCUGAGUGUGAAUGAGACACCAGGCCAGAUCCGCUGCAGUAAGAAAGGGGCGGUCCUGACCCGGGCAGAGGAGCGUCUGUCCACACGUGACGGGGAGCGAGCCCUGUACCAGUACCUCAGCUCUGUCCAAUGCCUGGGGGGCUUCCAGGACCAUUUUGACUGGUGGGCCAGGAACACCUACUCCAUCCUGGGAGGGAAACCUCUGUGGGUGGACCCCUUCGACCAGGAUGUCCAGCACAUCUUCAUCGAUGACAACAUUCGACAGAAUGACAAAGACACCAUCGUCCAUCCAAAGGUGUUCCUGGACCGAGACAGCUCAGAGACACGCACAGCCUCCACCUCAGAGCUGUAUGACCUCUGUCUGGUCCAGAACGACCUGCUCAGGGCCAUCUCAGACCCAGAGUAUUUCACCCAGCGCAUCAGCAUCUGCCAGGAGAACUAUGACAGGAACCUCCAGCAGGGGGCAGGCUAGAGUGGUUUGUCUGCAGCCCAGAGCCCCAGGGUGAGAAGGGGUUGGGAGAACUCAGGGGUCUGUAGACUGGAGGUGGAAGGUCAAAGGGAGCUCCUGUAGUUGCUCCAACUCCUCCUCUAAGGUCAAUAUUCUCAGGGUGUGACACUGGCAACCAAUAUAUUGCAUAUGUAGAAGGCAUUAUUUUGUAGUAGUAUUUUGCUGCUGUUUUUAAAUGAGAAUAUAAAAAAAUAAUAGGUAAUCGAUAUAAAGGCAUUGUUUACGUAUACCAAAAUCUGUUCAGAAAAGACUUGAAUGGUCAUACUUGAAUGUUUCUAAUAUCACAAAGAGAGAGAGCUACAUAGUUGAGCAGUAACUGUUACAACUUGAUACAUACUCUAGUCUACAGACAUGUUAAAUUACUUUUAUAUUAACCACAUUUAGUAUUACUGUUUGACUAUUUAUCAUGGCAAUACAAUGGAUGAGCUUGACCUAAUAUAAUUUGGGUUUAUGUGGUUUGGGGGUUUAUCUGCACUGAAAAUUACUUUACUUUCUUUGGAAGCGCUCUUAUGUGAAAAAAAUGAUGUAUUUGUGUCACACAUUUUCUUGAAGGUUUAUCAUGGUGGUGGAUGAGGUGAGGUGAGCGUCCCCGUUACAAUGUAAAGCGCUUUGGGUGUCUAGAAAAGCGCAAUACACUGAAUGUACAAAACAUUAAGAACACCUUCCUUAUAUUAAUAUUGUGUUGUACCCCCCCUUUUUGCCCUCAGAACAGCCUCAAUUCGUCGAGGCAUGGUCUCUCAAGGUAUCGAAAGCGUUCCACAGGG